AUGGAGACCCCUCAGAAGCGGCCAAAGUCUUGGUUUAGCAGCCUGACGGGCCUGGUCAGCGCCGGCCGCAAUUCUUCUCGGGAGGCCACAACCACGUCCGCCGCAACGCCGACCCCGAAGACGAGCACGAACCUCGUGAACGGCGAUCGUGCAUCGUCCCGCAUCCGCCUGGCGCGGCCAGACGAGCAGGCUACGCCAGCACGCUACUCGGGCACCUUUUCUGCACCACCUGUCGAGUCCCCCGAAAGCCCUGCCAAACGCGCCUCUCCGACGCAAUUGGCCCAGCGGAAAAUCCAUGACCGCGUUCAGGGCCCGUCCGGCCGUCUUGGCACGUCCUCGAACACUGCAAGCAGCAACCCCUCCAACACCUACUCCUACGGCAACAGCCACAACCUCUACUCGAGCAGCAGCCUGGGCAGACCGACCUCGACACCGCGGAGAACCAACUUCUCCUCCGCAACGACACCACGCAACAUGUUCCGCGACUCAAUGGCCCGCGACAUGCCCGCCUUCACUUUCACACCGCGCGUCCCUGUCAACACGCUGCGUGGCAGCUUUCCCGCAACGACGCCUGGCCGGUCACAUCGCGCUCCUGGUGCUGAGCUGAGCGCGCGCGAGAUGGCCAAGGUCACGUCGAGCGAACUUUUCCAGCAGAAGAUCCCCGACCCCGACCCGAAGCUGAGCGCCGAGGCAAUGACCGACAUGCUCCCGAGCGAUCUGAGAGCCGGCGGCCAGUCCGUGUAUGCCAACGAAUUCUUGGCGCACCUGUGCCCGCCCGACUUCAACGAGGAGCAGCGCAACCAGUUCUUUUGUAUCCUGGAUCUUCGCCGGCUCAAAUACGCCGCCGAUGAGGUGUUUUUGAAGAAGGACUGGAAGCUGAACAUUUCAAACUUUGCAAAGGAGUACGAGAAGAACCGGAGCCUUAUCAUGCUCCGCUAUGGUCUGUACGAGUUCAAGACGGUCAAGGUGUCCAAGGACACCUUUACGAAGUGGAAACAGGACCACAACAUCCCUAGCGUGCCUGGUGAAGAGGACGAGGAGGAGCUCAUGGUCAACCCGGCCGACUUGUCCAAGUCGGCGAGGUCGUCGUCGAAGCCCAAUGGCACCGAGGGCAUCCUACGCACUGGAAAGCGCAAGGCACAAGACAACAUUGACCCGAACGCCACGACAUCCAACGCGUCUACCUUCCAGCCUGCCAAGAAGCGGACGCGUGCCGAUGGCUCCAAAGUAGCCGCUGACCGCGAGCCGCUCCUCGAGUCAAGCACCCCUUCACUUAACAAGACAAAGCGGAAGGCUACGAGAGGCGAGGGCGUGGACCAGCUCCAGCGUGCCAAGCAGCAAAAGCCGACGCCCGCCGGUACGCCUUCAUCUACGCCAUCGGCUACCAAGGCCUUCUUCGAGAAGGUUGCAAACUCGCCUGCCAAGGAGACUGCACAAUCUUCGGCAGCCGGUACCCCUACGAUCAAGGUCACCCAGCCCUCGCUCGAUGGCCCCUUCGGUACCAAAAACACGACUUCGCCAUUCAAGUCCAGCGCCCUAGCAUCGUCCACGAAGCCUUCUACGAACGGUAGUUUGGCUCGGUCGGUCCUGGAGAGCGGCUUGAAAUCUGCAUCUGGUGCUGCACAGAACAGCAAUAUCUUUGGUUAUUUGUCAGACGCCAGCUCCGCCAAGGGCAGCGGCAACGAUAACGCGGAUGCGGAUGGCGAGGAUACGGACGAUUCUGACGCCGAUGCCCAGGACGAAUCUGAAGCCCAAGAGGGCAGUGACAACCAGAGUGCUUCCGUCAGUGGAAGUGCAUCUGUUGCGCCACCCUCUGCAUCUCUUUUUGCCCCCAAGUCGGCCAACCCCCUGCUCGCCGCUUCUUCGCAGAAUGCCUCUGCCAGCUCGUCUGAGGCUUCGGAUGCCACGCCUGGCCGCAGUCUCUUCGACCGUGUGAACAAGGGCUCGGACGGACAGCCGAUCCGUAUGUUUGGUGGCAACGAUGGUUCUUCCCCGUCUUUCCAGUCAGCACCUGCGGCCGCGUCUUCGGCUACACCCCUCUUUAGCAGUAAGCCCACUUCUGAGCGUGCCAGUCCAGAAAAGGAGCCGGCAACGUCGUCGCUGUUUGGCGGUGCCAACAAGACGUGGACGCCGGAUAGCCCAAUCAAAUUUGCCGGCGGUGCCUCGACAACGCCAGGCAAGCCUCUGUUUGGCAGCGCUACUUCCACCACACCUGCGGCGGCAGGCGGCAGCGCCGCCAUUUCGUCUCCCUUUAAGUUUGGCACCGCGGCCGCUCCCGCUAGCAGUGCGACGGCACCGGCUACAGAGAAACCUGCUGCUUCCGAGAAGCCAGCUGAUGACAAGGCCGCUGAUGACAAAGCCCCGGCAGACAGCUCCAAGGAGUCGACAUCCGCUCCCCCCGCAGCUGCCGCACCGCCUUUGUUCGCAUUUUCGAACAAGUCUGCUGAAACGGGCUCUUCGUCUCCGUCUCUUUUCGGUGCGUCGGCCACAAAGGCACCAGCGUCUUCUUCGACCGGCUCUCUGUUUGGUGCUGCCGCCACGCCGGCGACUGGCCCAGCGACCCUGUUCGGCAAGACUCCAUCCACCACACCUUCCUCUGCACCUGCUUUUGGUGCCUCGCAGACGCUCUUUGGCAAUGCUACUAAGACAGACACGCCCUCCUUUGGCCAGAAACGGUCUGCUGAUGAGGACUCUGCGCCGAAGGCUGCACCCUCUCUGUUUGGAAAUGCGGUGAAGAGCGGUGACUCCAACGCCAGCGACGAACCGCAGUCAAAGAAGACCAUGUUUGGCGCUUCAUCAAGUGGCCCUGCGGCGCCUGGAUCCUCGACCCCUCUGUUUUCCUUUGGUGCUUCCAAGACGGACGGGGAUGCAGACAAGUCUUCCAGCAGCGCGACGUCGAAGGCGCAGGAGAAUAAGCCUCUCUUUGGCAGCGCCCCCGUUGGCGGCGCUACAGAGGCCCCACAGACGCAGUCCCCCAGUCUGUUCGGUAACUCCACGCCUUCUACGGCAGCUACGGCGCCUGCGGCCACCGCGGCGACUACCCCGUCGUUCAGUUUUGGCGGAAACAAUGCCACCACGCCUGCUGCCCAGCCGUCUGGAGGCGCUAUCUUUUCAUUCGGCGCGUCUAGCACCCAGCCGCAGCAGAGCUCAGCUCCUGCUCCCUCAACCGGUUUCAGCUUUGGCGGCGGUAGCGACGCCGGCUCUGUUGGUUCGGGAGGCUCGUCAUUCACUUUCAACGCUGGAGGCGCAGGCGGUGCCAGCCAGCCUUUCCGCAACCCAUUCGCAUCGGGUGCUGAUUCGUCCGCUGCCAGCCAACCACCGUCGUCAUUCAGCUUUGGUGCCGGUGGCGCUGACGGCCAGUCGUCCACACCAAGCACGUCCAUGUUCCAGUUUGGUGGUGGCGCGCCAGCUGCCACUCCGACUGCAAGCACUGGCGGUGCUGGUGGACUCUUCUCCUUUGGCGGUGGUUCCCAGACCACGGAGCCUGCGACGACGCCGGGCAACAGCUUCGGCGGCGGCGCACCCUCUGCCGGCAACGGCUCGGCAAUCUUCAGCUUCGGCGGCGGAACGCCGGCCCAAGCAAGCAGCACGCCGCUCUUUGGCCAGCAGAAGCCUGCUGGCGCGCCAAUGUUCAAUCUCGCCCCACCUCUGGGCGGAGCAUCAUCAGGUACUAACACCCCCUUCACCAAUCUCGGUGGCGCCUCUAGCCUGGCUACUACACCGGCCUCUGGCACUCCCGAGCCUGGUGCCACGCAAGACAAUACGGAUAAUUCUGGACACCAGGCUGACGGAGAUGAGGCCCCACAGGAACAAAUCAGUUUAACCGACGGCGGGCCGGGCGAGGAGGACGAGGCCGCCGUCCAUGAGGUGCGUGCCAAGGCCCUCCGACUCUCGACCGGCAAUGACGACUCGGGAAGCGAAUCGCCCGCGGCCAAGGAGAAAAAGAGCCCGUGGAAGACGGAAGGUGUGGGCCCGCUCCGCGUGCUCAAGAACAAGACGACCGGCCACAUUCGUCUUUUGCUGCGGGCCGAGCCGCGCGGACACGUGGCUCUGAACCGAGCGCUCCUCCCCGACUUUACCUACAAGCCGGAACCCAACGCCAAAUACGUCAAGUUGACAACUUCAAACGAGGCCGGCAACGGCCUGGAGACGUGGAUGCUCCAGGUCAAGACAAAGGAGGCGGCCCAGAAGCUUGCCGAGGUGCUCGAGGAGCACAAGGCGUCCAACAAAAAGUAG